AUGCCUAUUGAAGAAAACUUUGAAUUCGAGUCAGACGCCUACCGAAAGGAGGUCAAAACUUUCACCAUUGCCAAACUUAAGCAGCAAGAGAAAGCCAUGGGACGAAAGUGCUUAACGAGUGGCUUUGCUACGAGUUUCGGGGUAGGCAGCGCAUGGUUUUCAGGAGGCCUAAGCUUGCUGCUGGCCGGUUAUAAAAGCCGAAGCACGUAUGUGGCUUACAAGAAACGGGAAAUCAUCCAAGGCGAGCUUCGUAGGCGUAACCAUGAGGUUGGCCAUAUCACCGCCAAAGACGCCGCCGUCUCGUGGUCGAUCGGGGCGAUUGCGGCUUUGAUUGGCAUGGAGAUAGGCGACUUUACUGCUGAAAUCACUAAUAUCGAAGAGAUGGGCAAGGGACUAGCACCUGGCGCGAACGAUAGCACAGGCCUAUUGACUGAUCCGGGCAAGGCGGCAGAGGGUAUGGCCGGUCAAGUCAGUCAAGUUGCCGCACACGCUCUAGGCGAGAAUGCCGCAAGUGUUGCUACACAAGUAGCAGCUGCAGAUGCCACUGCCUACCACGCGGGCAUGAUUCAGGCGAAGAUUGUAGAGGAACACUUGGGUAACGAGGCGACAGAAGCUGCGUUAGUAGCUCUUACGAAUCCACCCGAAGAACCGAAGCCUGGGUGCUUGCAUGUAGAACAUCUAUCGGAGCAGGGCAUUGUUACUGGCACUGUUGCGACUGCGAUCACGACAAUUACGAUAUUUGCCUCAAGUGCAAAACAAAAGAUAUCGGCUGCAAGAGUCGAAGUCACUCUUUGA